CCCAAAUUAGGGCAAAUACCCAGAAACAGGCAGUGGGAGACCUGGCUUGCUAGCACGGAACCGGAGAGUCAACUGGUUCUCUUCGACCAAGCCCGGCGAGCCGCUAAGGCCGGUGGAGCCCUGGACUGAGGGCCCCACCCACUCACCCUUCAAUCCCCUUCAUGGAAUAAACGUUUACUACUACUACUACUACUACUACUACUACUACUACUACUACUACUACUACUACUACUACUACUACUACUACUACUUUGUUCUAUUUUUGCAGCAGCCACUGGUGCAUGACGACGUACACAUCGACAACAUGAAGGAGGACUUGCGGAGCGUGGCGGAGCGAGAACUCGGAGAAACGCCAGAAUUGAAGCAAAAGUGUCUAGCGCAAUUGCGGGAGCUUCUGGAAGGAGAAGAAGGCCUUGUAGUUCCGCCAGAUGACGUCCUAGUCAUGUUUCUUCGUUCCAAGAAGUACAGGAUAGACGAUGCCUUCAAGACGAUCAAAAAAUAUCUACGGGCGCGCAGGGAUGUGCCCCAGUAUUUUGAUAACCUGACGCCAUCGAACAUUCCGUACAAGACGUUCUUCCACGACCACAAACUCAUCAUGUUUGCCAGGGACUCGCAAGGACGAGCAGUGGGCUACCUUCAAUUUGGUGCUUGGGACACCAGCAUCUGCUCCUUGGACGACCUGAUGAGGUGCGCGCUUGUAGCUACGGAAUCGAACCUGCGUGAAGAAGAGACACAAAUACGUGGCGUCGUUGCCGUCAUAGAUCUCAAGGGCUUCAGUGCUCACCACAUGCUGCAGAUGACUCCACGCUACACGAGGAGGGUCAUCGCCAUUGGACAGGCAAGAGGGCGAAACAAAUGCGGUUCUUCACGCGAGACCGCUGACUCGUUGCCAAUUCGGGUAAAGGGAGUUUACUACCUUAAUACUCCAGCUGUCUUCAGGAUAGUGCACGCACUUGUCAAGCCAUUCCUCUCGGCAAAAAUGUUGAGAAGGUCAUCAACACUUGCCGGCGGCGACGUCAGUGGCCCAAAGGGAGACCUUGAAACCUUGGCGAGGCUUGAGCUCGGAGAAACGCCGGAAGUCAAACGAAACUCGCUGACCCAGUUGCGCCAGCUUCUUGAAGAAGAUGACGAGCUUCGAGUUCCCCCAGAUGACGACUUCCUCCUCAUGUUUCUACGUACUCGGAAGUACAAGGUGCAUGACGCUUUGGAAACAAUCCGAAGGUACUUCCGCGCGCGCAAGAACAUGCCUGAAUAUUUUGAGGAGCUCACGACGUCCAGCUCUUUGUACCGGACAGUCUUCCGCGAACACAAGCUAAUAACGUAUGCGAAUGAAAGAGACCCGCAGGGGAGAGUGACGUCCGUUACCAAAUAUGGUGCUUGGAGCUCGAACAUUUGUUCCAUCGCUGAGCUACUUCGCUGUGGUCUGUGGGCCAUGGAAUGCCAUCUACUCGAUGAAGAGACGCAGAUACGGGGAUUCGUGGCCAUGGUAGAUCUCAAAGGCUUCGGCGCUCAACACCUGACGCAGCUAACGCCAUGGUUCCUCGGAAGGGUUCUUUCAAUAACCCAG